CAGUUCAAACUGAGCAUGAAAAGCUUCCCAAUCCGCCUUACCGGAAUACUUCGGGGUCUUAACAGAUACGGACGCAGCCGGGAACUGGGCGCCGCCAUGUUUGUUUACAUCCUGAGCCCCAGAUUCCUCGUCACGCCGCGCCGACGUCGCCACUUCGGUCCGCCCACCAGAACGCGCGAAAUACACUCGACGAAGCACUCAUGCCCGCUUCAGCCACCAUCACUCUAAGGUCCUCCCUCAAGCGGCCUCUGCGCUCCGAUGCCCUGGCGAUCUCCUCAGACAGAACCCCGACGUCCAUUCACACGCACCUCCUUGGCCAUAAUCGUCCCCUACCUCCACCUUCACUUUCGGAUUCCCUCGAAGCAUUUUCAAUCCCCGUUCUCACCUACGGUAGCUAGCCACAUAAGUCAGCUAGCUAGCUGGCUAACUUGUAUCAACGUUUUUACUUCUGACACCAAUGUAAUGACCUGACUAGAUCAUAAAUGAACAAUUGUCCAGACAGAGGCUUGAGUUUGCGAAUUGACGGUUUAUUGAACCAACUUUACACAGGCUACUGUUUGGGCCGUAGCACACGCCAAAUAGAUGACAGAUAACCCACAAGCCAAUCGUGACCUUCUCUUGUGAAGCCCAGACGUAAGAGAGAGAGAACAAAGGCUGAACCUGGUCUUAACUUUCAAUGCCCAACCCCCCUCCACGCCAACCACCAGGAUGCCCGGCAUCAGAACAUUCCAGGCAUUCCCGUGAUUGGCAGAUAGCAGGUUGAUUGACAUGUCGGACCCCGCGAACACCGGGUACUGGUCAGUACAACACAACCACCUCCUAGCCUAGCACAUAACACACAGCUGUCUGUUCGGGUCGCUACAAUAUCAUAGAAGACUAAGACGAACGGAAGUGAACAGUGACCAAGAUUCACGUUAAGAGUUUUUAUUGUUAAUAUUUAGAUGUGUAUUACCACCCUGGAAGGCAAUAUGACUUGACUGCACAGCAGCACAUAAUUAACCCAAGUAGUGUUUAAUUCGCGUUGGAGACAGGACUUGGUUGAUAUGUUAUCUAGGUAACGCUAGUUGUCGAGCUGCUAAUAAUGGCUGGUAACUCUAACUGUAUGGUUUUUCACACUCAAAUAGCCUCCAUCAUGGAGGUUCUAGCGAAUGCAGCCGUAGCAGAGAUCUGUAAACUCGUAGACGACGACUAUGCAGUGUUUCGUUCGGAAAUAACUCAAAGCCAGAAAGAAAACAGGACAUUGCGGAAGAAACUACUGGAACUGAAGGUGGCACGGGAACUCGCAGAAAAGACAACACGAGAGCGCGUCCUCGCCAGUCGUCCCAGUAGUGUCAAGAUAGUCGACCGAUACAGAGGAAUGGCAAGAGGUGAAGGACAUUACACUGGAGGCCACAGAAGCUUUGUGAAGCCAGCUGGACACAAUACAUGGAGAGAUGACCAACCAAUCACUGUUGAUGAGGGGAGUGGAACCUCAACCCAGCACGUUAUCAUAAUAGAGUCUGCAGAGGCUGCUGGCCCUGAGGUUAAGCAGGAGAGGUCUGAAGGAGAGGAGGAUCCACGGCACAGCAGAGACAUCCAGACUGGAGUAGCUGGAGUCACAGAAGACCCCACCACUGCCACAGCACCGCCCAGGACCCGAUGCAGCAUCACGGAGAAGAAGGGUCUAGAGGUGCUGUUGGUGAAGGAGGAGGGGUGUGAGGAGGGUCUGGGGAACCCUGAGUGGAACAUGGUCAUGGAGGACAACCAGACGACAUCUCCUGAAACCACAGAGGAACCAGCUGAGCAGCACAAGACCACACACAGUCUCACUGAGUCAGUAGACAUGGAGGAUCGGAAGCCUGAUCUGCUGCUGGUCAAAGAGGAGAAAAGAGGAUGGACCAGAGAGCAUUGACCUGCUGAAUGGACUAAAGAUGGGGGAGCAAGGUAAUUGACUCCAUUGGGCCCGUGGGACGACAUCACUGAGCAAGCCAGGAACAAAGGCAACAUAGAGGUCAGUGGAUGGGACAGCAUCCUCAACUGUUAACCACAACUAGAAACAGACAGUCGAAAACAAAACGACAACCGAACUUAGUCUCCAUGACAACAGGGUGUGGUCUGUGGGGACAGUAUACGGCGGGAGAGAAAAGAUUUGGCUAGAGAUGUUCCGUCCUGCUCCUAUAAUUGUGAUUCAGAGAGACUGAUGCCGCCUCAGGCUAACCCCCUAACAGGUGCUGCCUUCAACCUGCCUUCUAUAGGAUCUAUCAACUGGAACAUGGACCCUGUGACAACACACUCUCCUGUCCUUCGUCCUCCUCACACUCUCCUAAUGUUAAACCUGUCCUCAGACGAUGCCUGAAGACUAAAUGGCUACACAAGCCCAUGACAAAUGACAGUAGUAGAGAUGUAAACAGUAAAGUUGGCAGCGCCAAAGAGAAGCGCUUCCUGUGUUCGUUCUGUAGGAAAACCUUUCAGUUUCUCCAAACAGGCUGAGAUCCACCAGAGGGUCCACACAGGGGAGAAACCGUACAGCUGCCCCCAGUGUGAGAAGAGGUUCUCCCACCAGCACCAGCUGAAGAUGCACCUGAAGGUCCAUAAGGGAGAAAGGCUGUUUGCCUGUAUGCACAGCAUGUAAUAUAGUACUAAUUUGUUUGUAGUUAAUUAUGUUGGUUUUGGAUGUAUAGGGAACUAGAUGAGGUGAACUGAGGAAAUAAUGAGUAUGAUGAGGCAGAGUAGAUAUGGUGAUGGUUGGUGUGAUUGUGUCUGUAAAAAUGCUUCACUGAUGAAGUGACAAACUUUGUCCCUUUAGAGACUGGUGUUUAUAGUGAGAUAAUGAUAGUGCCUUAAUUAAUGUUUACUUGACAUGAAGUAGUGAAGCUGUGUGUUAUGUAAUGUUGAACCUUUUUAAAGUAUUCUCAAAUGUAUUUUAUCAAAGCGAGAGUACCACAUUUACACAAAAGGAAAAGUGUUACCAUAGUGAGAAGUUAUUCUUCUUGUCACUUAUCGUUUUCUGCAAUAAAUGUGAUUUGUAAUGCCGUUUUGUUGAAAUUAAAUACUAAAUUGUCUGUUCUGACA